AUGAAGAGCGAUUUGAUUGGUGGUGCUAUUGCUGUUGUAGCUGCAUUUCUCUCGAUCUUUGGUGUAAAUUUACAAAAAUAUUCGCAUGAUAAAGAAGCAGGACGUGCAAUCCCACGUUCGUAUACAAAACGACCCAUUUGGUGGAUUGGAAUGGUUUGUGUCGUUGCUGCUUCCUUGGGUGAUUUCUUAGCAUUAGGGUUUGCCCCCCAGACACUUGUUGCAUCUUUAGGUGGUGGUUCAACAAUUUUGGGCAAUUGUCUCAUGUCUCAUUUCUGGUUAAAACAAAGUCUCUAUGUGACCGAUCUGAUUGGUGUAACCUUUGUAUCCUUAGGUGUUGUUGUUCUUGCUGCGGCUAGUGAAGAAGAUGAAGGUCAUUAUCAGAUGGAUCAGAUUUAUGAACUAAUGGAAGCUGCACCAUUUAUUUUGUAUGCAUUAAUUACGACCGGUUUUAUUAUGACUUUAUAUAUGCGUGCAAGACGUUCAAAGGCACCAGCCUUACGUGUUGCACAUACGGAGAAAGAAGAUGGACGUGUGGAUGAUGUACAAGAGAAGAAAAGACAAUUGGCCGAGAAGAAGAAACAGACUCAGAGACAGGAUUUGAAUCAGACGCAGGAUACGAAUCCGACACAGGAUCCAAAGCAAGUGGCGACGAUGGAAGAAACUCAAAAGAAUCGUGGUGUUAUGAUGUCGCCCUUCCCUUCCCCUAUUUUUCGAGAUCAUUUAUCACUUCCAUCGAUUGGUAAACGAUUAACAGGAGAAGAAGAGGAAGAAUUGGAAGAAAUUGAAUUAUCGAGUUUUAAAAUUGGCAAGUACGAGGAGAGUGAGAUUGAAAAGAUGACACUUAUUAUUGAUCCGAAAUUACCUCUUUAUUGGGCCGCUAUUUCAGGAACAAUUGGUGGUCAAUCUGUAUUACUUGCCAAGUGUGUCGUAGAAUUGAUUUCAUCAACGGUGUCAGGAGAUAAUCAAUUUUCAUACUUUGGCACGUAUUUACUCUGUGCUGCCAUGGCGACGGCAUUAUUGACACAGACACACACUUUAAAUUUAGCUACCAUGACUGGCGAUACCAUGUCGUCAUAUCCUGUAUUUCAAGGAUUUUGGAUUUCCAUGAGCAACAUUAGCGGUGUGGUGUUUUUCCAACAGGCACAUAAUUUUACGAAAACGCAGGGCAUUAUGUUUCCGUUUGCUAUUUUGCUUGUAGCUGUGGGUAUUUACUUGGUCUCGAAGCACCAGAAAUUCGGUAAUUUUGUCAAGUACUCGAUUGCAAUGCCCAUUAGUCUCAGCAGUCCCCGUCAACAUGAUAUUGUGGCCCAGUCGUUUGUUUUUCGCGUGUCAACACCACAGAAGCUGCACGAAGAAGAGUACGCUAGCAGUACCGAGAGCAGUAGCCCGGAUGAACACUCUGGACGAGCAUUGGAAGAAGUAGUAUAG